GAGGAUGAAGAAAGUAGGGGGCGUGUACUUAAUAGUCUCUCCCACGUUGCGUAGCGUGGAAAUGUGACGUGUGGGAGCCGCGGAGAGAGCGAAUGUGUGCGUGUUGUGUUUGUUGUGUGAGUGUGACAGUGAGUUCCACACAGCGGGAAAGUGCCCGCGGCUUACCCCACUUCGGGCUCUCCGUUUCCCGCCAGGACCAGCCGACAGCCGGGGACUUCACCUCCACCAGGUCCGGACUCCUGGAAGUGCAACAAAAGUCCCGUCAUUGGGGUUGUGAGCGAUGCACUGGCAGCAUGGCCAAGUGGUUCAAGGAGCACCUCGGAUUCAAAACUACCAAAGCACCCCCUCCGGCGCCUCCGAAACCGGACUACCGACACUGCCUUACCGGUGUUCCCGGUGCUCCUGGCUUCCAAGCGGCCAUCUCCGGAGCUACUUUCCCUGCUCAGCCGGACAUUCUGGCCGCCUACAAACUGCAGAAGGAGCUGGACUUCGAGGACCCGUACACUCCCGGCGGAAAUGUGGCGUUUGGCUGCGGCAGCGUGAACGCCGUGGGGGCGCAGGAUAUCAAGUACGUGUCGCCGAAGCACCGACUCAUCAAGGUGGAGACGGUGGAAAAGAACAGUCCGGCUUCCGGCGGAGGUGUCACGGUCACUCAGGCUGUCGCCUUAGGGAGCGUGAAGUCUCCCACCUCGCCCCCGACGGAGCAGGACAGCAAGGAGAAGCUCAUUAUCCUGGAAGACUACGCUGACCCUUUUGACGCCGAGCAGGCUGGCGGCGUACAGAUUACGACGGAGAAAGUGACAACGGAGAAUGACGGUUAUAUGGAACCCUAUGAGGCCCAGAAGAUGAUGGCAGAAAUCCGAUCCAACAGCCGAGGUCCCAAGGACGGCGCCUCCAAGCAGCUGCCCCUCUACGACACACCGUACGAGCCCGCCGAGAACGGUGGAGACUCUGACCCCGAGCGCUCUCGUUGCCCCCGAGAAAGCCGACUGCCGCAGGACGACGAGCGACCCCCCGAGGAGUACGACCAGCCCUGGGAGUGGAAGAAAGAGAGGAUUUCCAAAGCUUUUGCAGCUCUGCUUUGUUAUGACUGCAUUAGCUACGAGGGCUCAAUAAAUGGCACUGGAUCACUUCCCCACAGAAGAAAGGACUGCAACUCUAAAUCCCCCACAGUAGAGAUUAAAGUGAUCAAGGACCUUCCGUGGCCCCCUCCUGUGGGGCAGCUCAACACCAGCCCUCCCCCAGUGCUGGUGGAGGAGGAGCUGGAGUCGCCCUCCCAGAACACGCCUGGACAGACAAGCAGUGAGCAGCAGCACCAGGUUCAGUUUGACGGCGUGGAGAAGCCCCGAAUGUCGCCCACCAAGGACGGGAAAGCUCGCCCGCUACAGCGGCACUCCAGCGGCUGCUUGGUGAACACCAAAAUGGCGUCGGCGGACCAGUCCAGCAACUCGUCCCUCGGGGAACGCAUCGAUCCCAGCAUGCCCUUGGAGAGCCAGUUUUGGUACCAUGGCGCGAUCAGUCGAACGGAUGCCGAAUGCCUGCUAAGGCUGUGCAAGGAGGCAAGCUACCUGGUGAGGAACAGCGAAACGAGCAAGAACGACUACUCCCUCUCACUCAAGAGCAGCCAGGGCUUCAUGCACAUGAAGCUGUCCAGGACCAAAGAGAACAAGUACGUCCUGGGCCAGAACAGCUGCCCCUUCGACAGCGUGCCCGACAUCAUCCACUUCUACUCCAGUCGUAAGCUGCCCAUCAAAGGGGCCGAGCACAUGUCCCUGCUGUACCCCGUGGCCAUCAGGACACUAUAGUGCCAUCCGUCCCAAAGAAGUCACCUUUUGGGCUCACACAUGGAAAAGGGAAAUCCCAAACUGCUGAUUCUGACUCAUCUCACUGGCCGACGGAUGCUGACUUUGGUGGAUUUAUUUGAUGUUAUUUAUGAUAGACACCCGCUUAACGGCACGGACCUCCACCAAGGCCAAACCCAACGUUUGUCACGACUUGUCAUUUUUUACAGAAGGUUGCAAAAGGGAGACGUCGCAUAUGUUUGUGUUUGAAGACCGUAGUCCUGUCCCGACUACGGUUAUCUUUUUCACGUCAUGGUCAAUAUCGUCUGCCAUCCGUCACCGAAGGGGGGGGCGUGUCACGCCAAUAACAACAAAAGUGGCGAGAUGGACCGGAGAGCAUCAUGAUGGAUGGACCUAGCCUUCCGGAAUCAUACAAUUGCUGGGGCUGGAAACACACCCAACUGUUAACCUCCGACCUUUCCCUUCACUUCCCUACCGCCGCCCCACCCAGAGCGACUUGUGCAUCGGGAGAAUGAAACGCCUGCAUUGUCUACCUCAGAAAAUCAAUGUCUUUCUGUCUGCGGAUCAAUAGGUACAAUGGGAUGGCCCGCAUCGAUCCGCUCUCGCUUUGACAUUCCCAAUUUCCUUAAAGUCGCAUCAUUCAUUUUGGAUUUUCUUAAAAGAAAAAAAAAAGGACAAUUUAAGGCUGCCUUUAGUGUGUUUUAGUCACAAUGCUGUGUGAUGUCAGUAGCCUUACAAUGCAUGGGUCAGUCAAAUCAGCUGGUGUUCAAUUCUUGUUUUAAAAGACCCAAUCCUUGACUGUAAUUUAUUGGGGGCGAAUUAGUGCCGACGUGUGGGCGGCAGUUCCCCUUUUUCCGCCCUCCUUGUGAGUCCCCGGGCGACGCUUCUACUAUGUGGUGCUCUACCUGUUUUUUGUUCUCGUCUGCUUGUCAAGUCUUGGCUAAUUGGUGCUGACCAAUCUCAACGCAGCCUGUUGGAAACCGACCCUUCAUCACCAGUACAUGUGCCCCACAUGUUGUGACCACUACAAGAAUAACUAAGAAAAAAAAGUGACAGUCCCGCUUCAGAACACCUAUUUUUGGUUCCGCUUCAGAACACCUAUUUUUUGGUUUUGCUCACUGAGCUUUCUUGAUUUAGGAUGGGAAAUGUCACAUGUACUAGUGUCAUUAAAGUAGUCAAAGAUAGGUUUUAUCUUGUGAAGGCUGUUUGUUUUGAGAAUAAUUAUUGUGUCAAUCUGUUUAACGCUUAAGCAUUUUCACGCAAAGACAGUUGAGGUUGACCAGGGACAAUCUUCCGCAGUUAUCAUCAAACCAAGAAGUAACCUACCAGAUAAAAAAAAAAAUUGAACAUCCAAGAAAGGGCCCCACUAACUAACAAUUAGACAAACCAGUAAAUAGGCUACUUGCUAGCAAACAUAAACCAUUUAUUUGUGAGUUAACUCCUAAACAAAAAAAUGCAGCAAGUAGCAUAUUGGCUACACAAUGCAAACAAUUUGCUUACAUUUAUAAAAUAAAAAAAACAUAAAAAACACUACAAGCUAACAAACACAAACAGGGAGCAAGCCGGCUUACUAACAAACCAGGACGUAGCUCGCUAACUAGUAAACAUACAAAUUGAGAAAUAAUCUACUCACAAUUAAACAAACCAGGAAGUAGACUACAAGCUAGCAAACACAAACAAGGAGAUAGCCUGCUAAAAACACACCAGGAAGUAGACUACUAGCUAAGAAAAACAAAUAUAAUAAAUCGAAGGUACUGCUAAUUAACAAUUCAACUAAUGUUGUCUACUAAAAAGCAAACAUACUGUAAACCAUUAAGUUUUAGGUUAACUCACAAACAAAAUGUACAACCCAGGAAAUAAUCUGCUAAAAAUUUGACAACUCACAAAGUACAACACAAACACAAAUUAGAAAGUAGUCUAACAAACACACCAUACAUCUUGUAAACAUUUCGACAAACCAUUAUGUUGUUUACUGUAGCUGGCAAACAAAAACAAUCAUUUGUAUGUUAACUCCCAAAGAGAACAGGUAGCUAAAAAACACACAAACUCGGAGGUAGCCUGCUAACUAUCAACAAUUUUAAUUUUCCUGAAGGAACUCUCCUGAAGGAAUCCAAGUACACAAAGCAGGAAGAAGCCUACUAGUUAGUUAACGGACAAACUGGGAAAUAAUCAGCUUACAGUUAGACACACCAGGAGGUAGACGACAAGCUAACAAACACAAACAAGGAUGUAGCCUACUAACUAAUAAACCAGGAAAUAAUCUGCUCACAGUUAGAACCUCCAAGAGAUCGACUAAAAGCUAGCAAACACACUUUAGGAAGUAUCUUACUUACAAACACACCAGGAAUUAGCUUGCUAACAAAUGCACCAGGAAGUAGCAGAAAAAAAAAAUGAAGAUACCAGAAAGGAUACUGCUAACCAAAAAUUAGACAAGAUAGCAAAUAUAUAACUAGCCUACUAUGUAGUAAAUGGACAAACCGGGAAAUAAUCUGCUCAGUUUGACAAACCAGGAAGUCAACUAUAGACUAACAAACACAAAUUAAGAAGUACCGUAUUUCCUUGAAUUGCCGCAGAGCAUAUAAUAUGCGCCUGCCUUGAAUUACUGCCGGGUCAAACUCGCUUCGCAAAAUAAUUUGCGUAUGCUUAGUAUUACCGCCUGGUCAAACUCAUGACGUCACAAGUGACACUUCCCCUGUCAUCAUUUUCAAAAUGGAGGAGGCUGAUUUCAAUACCGGUAAUUUGAAAUCGCAUAAAGGGAAGAAGAUUAAGAGCUAUUCGGUAGGAUUUAAGGUCCAAGCUUACAUCACACUCAAAUUUUUACUGCAUUCCUUUGGUAAGUGCGGGAGUGAGAAGAAGUUUUAAAAUAAUUAGCGCAUGCUUACUUUUACUGCAUGCCUUUGGUAAGCGUAGGAGUGAGAAGAGGUGUUAAAUUAAUUAGCGCCCCGGCAGCAAUUCAAGCAAAUACGGUAGCCUGUUAACAAACAUACCAGGAAGUAUCCUACUAGCUUAAACAAAUAAACACACCACAUAAUAUACUGUUAACUUAUAAUUAGACAAACCAGUAAGUUGUCUAUUAGCUAGUAUAUAUAAACUAUUAAGUUAACUUCCAAAUUCCAACCAACAAUCAACCCAGAAAGUAGCCUACUAGCUACUAAAUGGUCAAACCAGGGAAUAAUCGGCUCACAAAACCAGGAAUUGAUUGAUUGAUGGAUUGAUUGAUACUUUUAUUAGUAGAUUGCACAGAUCAGUACAUAUUCUGUACAAUUGACCACUAAAUGGUAACACCCGAAUAAGUUUUUAAACUUGUUUAAGUCGGGGUCCACGUUAGUCAAUUCUUGGUAAUAGACAUGGUAAUUCAGGAAAUAGACUACUAGCUAAAAAAAAUAAAAACAUACUUGUGACUGCGAGUUACUUACAUUUUGCUGGAAGUAGUUUACUACUUGUAAACAAAGCAAAUAAACUAGGAAGUUCAACCAAACCGGAUAAUAACCUGCUAACUAAUUAACACAUCAGGAAGUAGCUUACUAGCUAAUAAGCAGUUAUAAAAAAAUGGAAUAUCUUAAUGUUAGCUUUGACUUUGUGUGGUACCAGUUGCAAUUUAAAAGUGUUGAUUAAAAAAUGUGACAAAAAUCAACGAGUCAAGUUGCUUGGUGAGCAAAUCCAAAACAGUUAGCGAAGUUUAGGGAAUGAGUAAGUGAGCAUUAGCUGGGACCCCCCAUUGUGUGCUAUGCAACUGCUGUGGUUGAAGGAGGGCAACAAGACUGGUGUUUAAAUAUGGUACCAAACACGGUGUGCAGAACCACCUACUUGCUAUGAAGCCAGACCCGUCGCACCAAGAGGACGUCGCUGCAGCCUUACCAGGACACGCUUCUUUGAAUUGAAUAUGGACCUAGGAGAGAGAGAAGACAAGCAAAGAUGUUUAAACGUUGUAGGAAUACGCUCGUUUGUUGUUUGAAAUACUGCUGCUGACGAGUGUUAUUGUACUUCAGCUAGGAGAGGCCUUAGGUGUUCCAAAAGGAGGAAUAAACGGAAAGACUGCAAUCAGCAAUUUGCUUACGUCUAUCAUAAGAGCAUCUCUGUCAGAAGUGUCUUAACGUGUGUCUGUGUGUGUGUGAGAGUGUGUGUGUGUGUGUGUGUGUGUGUGUGUGUGUGUGUGUGUGUGUGUGUGUGUGUGUGUGUGUGUGGCAUCCCCUCAUGGCCAAAUGUAUAUACUGAAUGUAUCGUAACGGGGAGAUAUCAAAUAAAUAAAUACAUGAAGAAA